CCCAACACCUCGACCCCGCAUCAUGAGGCUCAAAGACUCAUAGCAUUGCUCCACACCCACUCGAAAGACUCUUUGACUGCAGGUUCGCCAUGCCAGAGCAGAUGCCCCAGCCACUGAGCUGGCGGCAAGUCCAAUCUCAGGUGCGCAGCACCCAGCUGGCCGGGCCGCUCCCAAACGUUGAGUCCGUGCUGGACAUCCUUCUCCCCACGUUGCACAUUCUCGAUCUUGUCCCCUCUACGGUACCUCCGCAUAUAGCUCACAAACAUACUCCUCAACGCGUCUUCGGCCUUCUCAUCAAUGGUUAUCCCUUCGAGGCCGAUGCGGAACUGUGGAGUGAGGAGGAGGGGCAAGAGUGGCUCAGAGCGUUUCGCAGCCAAGCCUGGCUUGGGGAUGUGCAGAGAGCGCUGCUCGUGGGCUCGAUUGCAACGACGUGGGAUCAUGAGAUGAGGCAAAGGGAAGGCGAGAUGUGGGAGGCUCUGAAGAGGGCUUGGCUUAUACCGGCAGAAGAAGAGGUCCACCCGCAGACAUCUACUUCAGGAAGCAAGCUCAUCAUGAUUCAGGAUGAAGUCGAGACAGAUUCUUCGGGCAAACGACAACGGCGCAAGCAGUCAGCAGCAGCCGUGACCCUCUCCGGUAUUCAAGCCCUGAGCUCAGCCCUCUCAGCCGUCAGCUCCACCCGCAGCGAGCACGCCCAUCAGCCUCACCCGCUCCUCACCUUCACCCUGCAGAUAGCCGAAUGGUAUGCCUCCUUCCCUUCUCUCCUCUCUCGCCUCAUAGAGGCCACCUGCAUGGAGAACAACGCAGCGAAGCGUGCCCUUCUUUGGGGUGAGGUCGUCAAGAUUUUGGCGAGUCUGCCAGACAGGGCGGCUAAUGCUGAGGGUUCAGGCAAGGAUGUCGGCCGCUUCGCAGGGCAAUGGUGGAUGGCGAUGCAGAGGCAGAUUGUUGAGCUGGUCUUCCCAGACAAUGCGGAUGGGGAUGAAGUGGGGGUGAGACUUCUGGCCGAGCUUCUCUCCAAGCUGGUGAGGACACGGCCGGAGAUGCUUGCUGAUGCGGGUAGCGCCUCGAGCAUGGAUUGCCCUUGCUUCUGGGAGAUUCUGCUCCGCCACCUAUUCUCCCUCUCUUCCUUAAGCAAAGGGCUCUCAAUUCCAGCCAGCCUUCGCAAGCGAUGGCAUUUGCUCCUUGCGCCUCUCGACACCCGAGACAGGCACAACGUGGACCUCUCCCUCGCCAACUUCUUCCAUCGUCGCUUCUUACAAGUAGAUGUGGUGGAGUCAAAGGAGCGCGGUAGGCCUGCUGCGGUAGGCAAGAGCUUCCUGGGCGAUGAGACAGGGAGGACAGCUGAGCUGGUUGGCAGAUUGUUGUACGGCCUUUGGACGCCGCCUGUGGGCGUAUCUGAAAAAGAGGCGUCUGACUCAGACUCGGAUGACGAGGAGGACGGACAGGCCGCAGCCGUCAGUAGGCUGCUGACGCAGAUCGUGCUGCCAGCACAGCGCUCCUCCUCUGCUCUACUCUGGACAGCAGGAAUGGCUCGCGCCUACGUCUGUUCCUUCGCCAGCCCGCACCUCCCCGCCACGACACAAGAGCAACAGCUCGCAUCCUUACUCGAAUGCUCGAUCAACCUUUGGGGCAACUCAGAGCGCGUCAGACGGACAACUGCGCAAGAGGAGCAAUACCUCGUCACCCUCAUCCUGGGGAGCCUUGCGGAGCUCACCAGCCGUAGCGGGAGCUCAGCAGGCAGGACAACAUCGCGGUCUGGUCCUUUCAUCCAAGGUGUCUCUGCCCAUCUUGACCACCCCGAUCCAGACAUUCGUCGUAUGGGCAUGCUCCUUGCCGAGCUUGUGAGCGAGGCGGCGCAGCGUGAGGUCAAUGCCAAAACUGGUAUGGAGACGGGAACCGAGGUCAAGAAACCCCUCGACUUUGGAUCUAGCAUGUGGGAUGGAGUAGGAGAGGGAAAGGAGGAGGCGAGAGUGUUGAGGACGAUGUGGUAUUCGUGGGUCCGGAUGCGCGACCAGGCGAGACAGGAGAUUCAGGACAAAAGCGGAGAGGACAUGCUUGAGAUGCUUGGGUUCGCGAGGCAGGAGGAAAGGGCUGCAGUCGUCGCUCCUUCUCCGUCACGGAAUGCUGCGAGGACGCCUCGUCGAGGAAACCCUAAGACUCGACAACUACCGCAGCGGACACCAGUGCAAGGCAAGAAUGGCAAAAAGCAAGCAGCUCCUCGCUCUCUCAUUGUGGACCUGGACGAGGGAGAAGAGGAGCUUGCAGACGAUACACCUGCCAGGAAAGAUCCGAUCGAGUCGGACAACGAGUCCUCCUCCUCAGAGAGUGGCACCUCAUCAGACGAUGAAGCUGGCCCCUCUACCGGCCCGAAUCUUGACCUUGACAUCCACGGCUCAACUCAAUCCGCCUCGAAGGGCAAGCCAUCUGCUGCUGCAAACGACAACGACGAGCUGCUCGGUCUAGGAAUCGACAAGAAGAAGCGUCGCGCCCCUCCUGUAUACAUCAGUGACCUGACUUCCCUGCUUCGCGACACAAAAGAGCGGGACUCGAUUCGCUUAGCAUUGAAACACGGUGAAACCCUCUUGCCGCGCAAGGGACAGCUGGCGGCUCACGCUUCAUCGUCAAUGUCGAUGGCCGUUGGCUUCUCCACGCUCUCUUUGGCAGCAAAGGGGCAGUCUCGCGCUCCACGAGGGGAGAUAGACGAGCACUGUGUCGACCUUCUGCUCCUUCUCUGCGCCUUGCAGAACAACUAUCGCAUCCGCAACUUCGAGGUUCGUAGAAGAGGAGCCCUACGCGCACUUGUGGUCUCUGCGCCUCGCAUCGCCGUCCCCGCCCUCGUGGAGCAGGUGUUCACGCCCAACUACUCGAUCGUCCAGCGGCUGGGUAUGCUAGAGGCUUUAGGGAAAGGGGCGAGGGAGCUAUGCUCGUGCGAGGAGAUGGGCGUUGACGGGAUGGAGGGAUGGACAGAGGAAGCCAUCAGGAGGGCAAGGAAAGAGGGAGAGGAACGCGUACCUGAGAUCAAGAAGCAGAGAAACCUUGAAAGGUUGACGGACGUUGGAAGCAAGACGAGAUUACUUCGCCCGCAGGGAGCGGCCGGCACUGGUCGAGGCAUACAGGAGAUUGGGCAAGGGUCUAGUGGUCAAUCGAUCACCCAUCGCCAGCCAUCCCGGUUCGACGCCGCCUCUACCAGCCAACAGGGUACUGCUGGCUCUCCACCCUUGGCUUCAAGUCUCUUCCUCUUCCCGCUGAUCACUCGCCUACAUUCCCACCUGAGCGACGCAGCCUCGCGUCUGUCAAGGGCGCGUUCCAUCUCCUCCACCCUUACGAGCACAUCGCUAGGUCUCACCACUCCGGACCUCUUCACUGCCUCGCCGCCCUUGCUUCUCCCGGCUAUACUGGACACAUUGUCCCUCCUGAUCACGACGUACGUGAGAGAGCAACGACCUACACCCCUCGAUGCGUACGGGGUUGUAUUGCCGGAGAUGCUCGACCUCGCCAUGCACGUGGUGAGGGAGGGACUCCCCCUGCUCGCCUUUGCUGCGAGGGACGAAGUCGGACCUGGGAAGACCGAUGCGUCGUCUGGCGAGAGUGGCAGCGGCAAUGUCGUCACAGCCAUUGCCUCCCUUCUCCUCACCACCCUCGACCUCGCCCUAGAGGCUCCUACAGGUGAAGCGUCCCGCCUGCUCGUGUCCACAGAGCGUGGAAGCGCCAUAUUGGAGGACGCGUUGCGCUUUGCUGCGGGGGUGUUUGAGACUGAGGAUGGAAAGACCGCUGCUAACGGGUCAGGGGCAGGAGGGUCGGGGAUCAGCAGAGUGGGAAGGAUCUGCGCUGCGAUUGUGGUGAGGAUUGAGGAAUUGAGAAGCAGGGAAAGGGAAAGGUGGCUGAGUGGGGUCAAUGUGCGAUGAUAAUGUAGCGGGCGCGAUCAGGUCAUUGGGACGCAUUGGAAUUAUGUUAUGAGUGACGAGAGAAAACAAGAGGCUGGGGCGCAUGAAAGCCAAGUGAAAAUAGAUGAUCUUCUCAAGA